UCUCACACCAAGUAGAAUGGGUCCAAAAAGUAUAUUAUCGAAAAGUCGAUUCAAAACACCAAUGAGGAACAAAACUAUAAAUAAAUCAACUUAUGGAAUGAUCACGCCCAAGGUUACUAAAAAUCAAAAUUUAAUGCUUAUGAGGAGGCCUGCACAAGGAGAAAUGGCUAUGUCCUUGGCGGGAAGUCCACUCCUGGUGUCCAGUGUUGUUGGCGAAGAAUUGGCCAAUGUUAAUAUACCAAUGCCCGAUGGAAAACAUCUCGCCUUGUUCCCCACACAGUUAGGAAAAAUUGAUCCUGAAGAUUUGCCGAAAUUUGAUGCUGAUACUAAAAAACAAUUACAAAUGCUAGCAGAAAACUUAAGUAAAAUUUGCAAGAUGUGUAAAUAAAUCUAACAUUAAAUACUUUGAAAAUACUCGAUCAAUCUUCAGAUUUGAAAU